AUGGAUGGUUCACAGGUUCCUGCGGCCCAGCCCAUGGUUACCCAGCACUCAAAUCUGAUCCGGACCGAUCAAGUCCAAAAGCUCCCUCAUCUCACCGAGCAGCAGAAGAGUCAACACACUCAGCUGGUGCGCAACUUUUGGGAGGUCCUCAAUAACCGCGAUCCUCAGAGCACAGAAUAUCAACACGCGCACUCGAGACUUACCCAGAUAUCUCAGAGUCUGAUGAAGGGUAUGCGGGCAUUCCAACAGAAUCGCCAGCUCCAGCAACAACAGCUCCAGGGCCAGCCUGGUCAGCCUGGUCAGCGGCCGCAGUCGGUCAACCCUCAGACUUUCAAUCAGCUCCUACCCCAGAUUCAACAAAAAGUCAACAGUCUGCAAUUCUCUCUUCCUCCCAAUAUCAGCCAGGAACAAGCACAGUCAUGGCUUCCGGAGGCCAGGUUACGAUACGGCAUUGCGUUGCAAAAGCAAGAGAUCGGUAGGGCGCGUGUAGCGGAGCUACGUCAGCAGUUUAGCCAGCGCCAGGCUGCCGGGAAUAUGACCCAGGAGGAGCUACAGGAGUUCAAAAAUCGGCAGCUUGCGGCAGAGAAGCUUUACCGAGAAGGGGGUGACUUCUUGACCAAGUUCAAAGAGCAACAAGAAAACUUCAAGGCGCAGCAACAGAGAGCAGGCGUACAGAACGUUACAGGUCAACCACAAGGUGCCACUGCCACACCAGCUCCCACUGUCCCUGCUGGUUCUGAUGGUCGCCCCGCAAACACACCCGUGUCAAUGCAUCCUGGACAGGCCCCAACGCCUGCGCCUCAUACUAUCACCUCUGCGGCUGCUCAAAACUAUACCAAUAACAAUGCAAACAAUAACAUGGGCCAGCAACAGAACAUGCCGCAGCCUGCGACCAACUCGCAUGCGCACCCCCAGGGCUACAUCCCCAAUAGAGCCACUGAUAACACGGCACGAAAUAUCAAUAUGGCCAUUCCGAAAACCCUGAAUGUCCCUCCUCCGGAGCCUGUCGCUAUGGCACCAGCGCGGCCAACCCUGUCAGGUGGUCCCAGCCACGGCGCUAUGGGUAUGAUGGGUCAGCCCGCGAUUCAGAAACACCCUGGGUACGUCCUUGAAGGCGAGGGCCAGCGAGUCUUGAGCAAGAAAAUGCUUGACAUUUUGGUUCGCCAGGUUACUGGAGGAGGAGAGGGCGAGGGUCUUACGCCAGAUGCUGAAGAGUUCAUCCUCCAAAUGGCGGACGACUUCGUUGACGACGUGAUUACCGCCGCUUGCCGUCUCGCUAAACUACGCCCGUCAUCUACCCUCGAGAUCCGAGAUAUUCAGCUUGUUCUCGAACGUAACUACAACAUGCGCAUCUCUGGGUUCUCAACUGAUGAUCUUCGCACCGUCAAGAAGCCUCAGCCCACACAAGGCUGGACCCAGAAAAUGUCCGCCAUCCAAGCUGCCAAAGUGACACAAGGCAAGGCUGAAUAA